CCCCCUUCAUUUUUUUCUCCUCUCUCGGUUUGGCCAUGAUUUCCUCCUCCGAUUUGCUUUCAAUUAUAUCUCAGAAAAUGGGAGGAAGGAGAACUCAAACUGAUUCAGGAAGCAGAUCAUCAAGCUCAUCCAUUUUACAAGAUGAUCAAGAAGGCUUAUCAUCUUCCUCAUCAAAAGCACAGCUACUUUUCAACAACGCGCCAAUUGUCUCAUCCUACAACGACAAAAUUCGCCCUAUGCUUGAUGCCAUUGACAAGCUCCGCAUCCUCAUGGUUAUGGAGGAAGGCAUCCAGCUGCCCACCAUUGUUGUUGUGGGAGACCAGUCAUCUGGCAAAUCCAGUGUUCUUGAGUCCCUUGCCGGCAUCAGCCUGCCGCGUGGACAAGGUAUCUGCACAAGGGUUCCUCUCGUAAUGAGGCUUCAGCACCACUCUGAUCCUCAACCAGAGCUUUCACUGGAGUACAAUGGCAGAGUUGAGCACACUGAUGAGGACAAAGUUUCUGAAGACAUUGUGAAUGCCACUAAUCUGAUUGCAGGACACAAGAAGGGAAUUUCAGACACCCCAUUGACCUUGUUGGUGAAGAAGAAUGGUGUGCCUGAUUUGACCAUGGUUGACCUCCCUGGAAUUACUAGAGUUCCAGUUCAUGGCCAGCCUGAGAAUAUCUAUGAUCAAAUCAAAGAUAUGAUCAUGAAGUAUAUAAAACCAGAUGAGAGCAUCAUUUUGAAUGUUUUAUCUGCUUCUAAUGAUUUUAGCACAUGUGAGUCAAUUAGCAUGUCGCGGAGUGUGGACAAAACUGGUGAGAGGACUCUGGCUGUGGUUACAAAGGUUGAUAUGGCACCAGAGGGACUGCUGGAGAAGGUUACAGCUGAUGAUGUGGACAUUGGUCUUGGCUAUGUCUGUGUAAGGAACCGGAUUCGAGAUGAAACGUAUGAGGAGGCGAGGGCUAUUGCGGAUCAAUUAUUUAAAACUCAUCCCCUUCUUUCAAAGAUUGAUAAGUCUAUGGUUGGAAUUCAGGUUUUGGCUGACAAGUUGGUCCAAAUUCAAGCUGCUAGCAUAGCUAGAAAUUUGCCUGUUAUUGAAGAGAAGAUCAAUGACAAGCUGAAUUCUUACCUUUCAGAACUCAACAAAUUGCCGAAAACUCUGUCAACUGUUACUGAGGCCAUGACUGCUUUUACGCAGAUCAUUGGAGCAUCCAAAGAAUCACUUAAGAAGAUUCUUUUGAUGGGUGAAUUUAACGAGUUCCCGCAUGACCAACAAAUGCAUUGCACGGCUAGGCUGGUUGAGAUGCUCGAUCAGUGCUCAUAUCAACUUCACGGGUGCAAUGAGAGUGACUCCAAAAGUAAUUUCUUAUUGGAGGAGAUUGCGAUUUUGGAGGAGGCAAAAGAAAAAUAUUAUCAGCUUCAACCGUCUGCCAGAAGAGCAUGCCAAAAUCUUAUUCGAAGGAUGAAAGAAAGGUCCAUUCAUUGGAUGACGGAGAUUUUGGAAAUGGAGAAGCUGACUGAUUAUACAUGUAAUCCGGAAUAUGUAUCCGAAUGGCAUAGGCUCAUGACUGAACAAGAAACAUUCAUCACAAAGGUACUUCGUAAUUCUCAUGAUCUAGGACUUGGACUUCACACUGAGAUAAAAAUAAAUGUAGAGGGAAUUGGGAUGGUUGAAGUUGGAGAUCUAAUGAAGUACCCACAUGUUCUAUUGUCUGAAGCUUUCGACUUGAAAAUGCGGAUGAAUGCAUAUUGGAAUGUUGUGCUGAAAAGGUUGAUUGAUUCUAUGGCUUUGCAUUUGCAGCUGAGUAUUUCGAACCUUGUGGACAAGGACUUGGGGAUGGAGAUUGUGGGUGAGUUAAUGGGACCUAACCAUGGUGUUGGGAUUGAGAGGAUGAUGGAGGAACAUCCAUCAAUUGCAGUGAAGCGCGAGAAGCUCAUCAAGAGCAUCAAAAAGCUCAAGGAGUCUAAAGAGGUUGUGUGUAAGAUCAUGGAUGGCAUCGUUACUUUUGCCAAUUAACUUAUUGUGUGAUAGAUAUAGCUAAGGAGUAUAGCUAAAUUAUGGUCUGUUUCUUGUUAAUCAAGGCAUUCUGUCAUUUGGUGAUCUGUUUGUACUUAAUUAUGAAGUCUAUGUGUUUGCUUUUCUUUUUA